GGGGGAGGGCUCAGCCGGGAGUUUGGUAACUCCUCCCCGCGUUGAGUCAUUCGCCUCUGGGAGGUUUAGGAAGCGGCUCCGGGUCGGUGGCCCCAGGACAGGGUAGAGCGGACGCUAUGGGGAGUCGGACGCCAGGGUUCCCUCUCCACGUCGUGCAGCCGCGCUGGACCCCCUGGCGCCGACCUCCGCUGCCGCUACUACUGCCGCUGCUGCUGCUGCUGUUGCCCCCGCCACCCCGGGUCGGGGGCUUCAACUUAGACGCGGAGGCCCCAGUAGUGCUCUCUGGACCCCCGGGCUCCUUCUUCGGCUUCUCCGUGGAGUUUUACCGGCCGGGGGCGGACGGGGUAAGUGUGCUGGUGGGAGCCCCCAAGGCUAACACCAGCCAACCUGGAGUGCUGCAGGGUGGCGCUGUCUACCUCUGCCCCUGGGGCACCGGCGCCUCACAGUGUACCCCCAUCGAAUUUGACAGCAAAGGUUCUCGGAUUCUAGAGUCUUCACUGCCCACCGCACAGGGAGAGGAGCUUGUGGAAUUCAAGUCCUUGCAAUGGUUCGGGGCAACAGUUCGAGCCCAUGGCUCCUCCAUCUUGGCCUGUGCCCCACUGUACAGCUGGCGCACAGAGAAGGAACCACUGAGUGAUCCUGUGGGUACCUGCUACCUCUCCACAGACAAUUUCACCCGAAUUCUGGAGUAUGCACCUUGCCGCUCAGAUUUCAGCUUGGCAGUAGGACAGGGUUACUGCCAAGGGGGCUUCAGUGCUGAGCUUACCAAGACUGGGCGUGUGGUGCUGGGUGGACCAGGGAGCUAUUUCUGGCAAGGCCAGAUUCUGUCUGCCACCCAGGAGCAGAUUGCAGAAUCCUACUAUGCCGAGUACCUGAUCAACCUGGUUCAAGGGCAGCUGCAGACUCGCCAGGCCAGCUCCAUCUAUGAUGAUAGUUACCUGGGAUACUCUUUGGCUGUAGGUGAAUUCAGCGGUGAUGACACAGAAGACUUUGUUGCUGGUGUACCCAAAGGGAACCUCACCUAUGGCUAUGUCACCAUCCUUAAUGGCUCAGACAUUCAAUCCCUCUACAACUUCUCAGGGGAACAGAUGGCCUCCUAUUUUGGCUAUGCAGUGGCUGCCACGGACAUCAACGGGGAUGGGCUAGAUGACCUGCUGGUAGGGGCACCCCUGCUCAUGGAGCGGACAGCCGACGGACGGGCCCAGGAGGUGGGCAGGGUCUACGUCUACCUGCAGCACCCAUCUGGCAUGGAGCCCACGCCCACUCUGACCCUCACUGGCCAUGAUGAGUUUGGUCGAUUUGGCAGCUCCUUGACCCCUCUAGGGGACUUGGACCAGGAUGGCUACAAUGAUGUGGCCAUUGGGGUGCCGUUUGGUGGGGAGACCCAGCAAGGAGUGGUGCUUAUAUUCCCUGGGGGCCCAGGGGGCCUGGGCUCCAAGCCCUCCCAGGUUCUGUUACCCCUGUGGGAAGCUGGCCACACCCCGAACUUCUUUGGCUCUGCCCUGCGAGGAGGCCGAGACUUGGAUGGCAAUGGAUAUCCUGAUCUUAUAGUUGGGGCCUUUGGUGUGGACAAGGCUGUGGUGUACAGGGGCCGUCCCAUCGUGUCUGCCAGUGCCUCCCUCACUAUAUUCCCUGCCAUGUUCAAUCCAGAAGAGCACAGCUGUCGCUUAGAGGGGAACCCUGUGUCCUGCAUCAACCUUAGCUUCUGCCUCAAUGCUUCUGGAAAACAUGUCCCUGACUCCAUCGGUUUUGCCGUGGAGCUUCAGUUGGAUUGGCAGAAGCAGAAAGGAGGAGUGCGGCGGGCACUGUUCCUGGCCUCCCAGCAGUCAACCCUGACCCAGACCCUGCUCAUCCAGAAUGGGGCUCGGGAAGACUGCAGAGAGAUGAAGAUCUACCUCCGGAACGAGUCAGAGUUCCGAGAUAAACUCUCUCCAAUUCACAUCGCCCUCACCUUCUCCCUGGACCACCAAGCCCCCGUGGACAGCUACGGCCUCCAGCCUGUCCUGCAUUACCAGAGCAAGAGCCGGAUAGAGGACAAGGCACAGAUCCUACUGGACUGUGGAGAGGACAACAUCUGUGUUCCUGACCUACAGCUGGAAGUGUUUGGGGAACAGAACCACGUUUACUUGGGUGACAAGAACUCCCUGAACCUAACGUUCCACGCCCAGAAUGUGGGUGAGGGCGGCGCCUAUGAGGCUGAGCUUCGGGUCACGGCGCCCCCAGAGGCUGAGUACUCAGGACUCGCCAGAAACCCAGGGAACUUCUCCAGUCUGAGCUGUGACUACUUUGCUGUGAACCAGAGCCGCCAGCUGGUGUGUGACCUGGGCAAUCCCAUGAAAGCAGGAGCCAGUAUCUGGGGUGGCCUUCGAUUCACAGUCCCUCAUCUCCGGGACACGAAGAAAACCAUCCAGUUUGACUUCCAGAUCCUCAGCAAGAAUCUCAACAACUCCCAAAGUGACGUGGUCUCCUUCCGGCUCUCUGUGGAGGCUCAGGCCCAGGUUUCUCUUAACGGUGUCUCCAAGCCUGAGGCAGUACUAUUUCCAGUGGGUGACUGGCAUCCCCGAGACCAGCCUCAGGAGGAAGGGGACUUGGGCCCUGCUGUCCACCAUGUCUAUGAGCUCAUCAACCUGGGCCCCAGCUCCAUUAGCCGGGGCACACUGCAGCUCAGCUGUCCCCAGGCUCUGGAAGGUCAGCCACUACUCUACAUGACCAAGGUUACAGGACUCAGCAACUGCACCACCAGUCAUCCCCUCAACGCACAGGGCCUGGAGUUGGAGCCUGAGGGUUCCCAGUACCACCAACUACAAAGACGGGAGGCUCCAGGUCGGGGACCUGGAUCUGUGGGGCCUCAGAUCCUGAAAUGUCCAGAGGCUGAGUGCUUCCAGAUGCGCUGUGAGUUGGGACCACUACACCGGCAAGAGAGCCGAAGUCUACAACUUCAUUUUCGAGUCUGGACCAAGACCUUCUUGCUGCGGAAGCACCAGUCAUUUAGCCUGCAGUGUGAAGCUGUGUAUGAAGCUCUAAAGAUGCCCUACCGAAUCCUGCCUCGGCAGUUGCCUCAUAAGAAACUUCAGGUGGCCACGGCUGUGCAGUGGACCAAGGCAGAGGGCAGUCAAGGUGUUCCACUGUGGAUCAUUAUCCUAGCUAUCCUCUUUGGCCUCUUGCUCCUGGGUCUGCUCAUCUACAUCCUCUACAAGCUUGGAUUCUUCAAACGCUCCCUCCCAUACGGCACCGCCAUGGAAAAAGCUCAGCUCAAGCCUCCAGCCACCUCUGAAGCCUGA